AUGGUGUCCAAGAUGCAAAGGAAAUAUGAUAAGUAUUGGGGAACUCUAAAUGUUAUUAACAUGUUGUUGUUAAAUGCAAUUGUGCUUGAUCCAUGUCCCAAGUUGGAUUUUGUAAAUUGGAUUUUGGAUGAGUCAUUUGGUGUUGAAAAGGGACGAGAACUCAAGUCAAAAUUGUCUACUUGCUUGAUUUCUCUUUAUGAUCACUACCAAGGCAAAGAAGAUGAAUCUCAAAGUUAUCAAGAUGCUAAAUCUGAACUUGACAGAUAUCUGAAAGAAGAUUGUGAGCCUAGAAACAAGUCGAUAGAGUUGGAUAUUUUGGGUUAG